GAGGAAAUAGCCAAAGACCUCUUGUCGGGUGAUGAUGAAGAAACACAAUCUUCUGCUGACGACUUGACGCCAUCAGUUACUUCGCACGAGGCUACAGACUUCUUUCCUCGACCAUUAAGAUCAAACACUACAUGUGAUGGAGAUAAGGAAUCAGAUGGUGAAGAUGUUGAGGCAGACAAUGGCAAUUCAUCUGAAGAUUUGAGAAAGGAAAUAAUGGUUGGUUCACAGUAUCAGGCUGAAAUUCCUCCUUACCUUGGCAGAUACAAUGAUGAUGAAAAGGCCUAUGAAAAUGAAGACCAUUUACUUUGGAAACCUGAUGUGAUCUCAGAAAGCAAAGUUAAGCAGUACCUUUUUGAAGCCUCUUUAAGAACAGGAAAUGAGAAAAUGAUUGGCAGAAUUCCUGAAGGAACACAUACACGGGACAAUGAACAAGCACUCUAUGAACUUCUCAAAAGUAGCCAUAAUGUUAAAGAAGCAAUUGAGAGAUACUGUUCAAAUGGAAAGGCAUCUCAGGAAGAGAUGACAGCAUGGACAGAAGAAGAAUGCAGAAGCUUUGAGCAUGCACUUCUGAUUUAUGGAAAAGACUUUUAUCUCAUACAGAAAGACAAGGUAAGAACAAGAACAGUUGCUGAGUGUGUGGCAUUUUACUACAUGUGGAAAAAGUCAGAACGUUACGAUUACUUUGCUCAGCAAACAAGAUUUGGAAAGAAGAGAUACAACCAUCAUCCAGGAGUUACGGACUACAUGGAUCGUUUGUUAGAUGAAGCAGAAGCACUUGGAGGAGCAGUCCACUCUUCAGCAUUGACGUCCAGCAACCGAGCAGAGGUCAUCCCGGAUCAGCAGCUAAGCAUCCUGAACUCUAUCACUGCCAAUGAGCUGACAGUGCUGACCAACAGUGUAGCUACAGUCUGCCAUCCUUCCAAUGUGAACUGCCUGGAUGAUGCCUUUCCUCCUAUGGACAGCUUGCCCCGAGCA